AUGUAUAUACGUUUAUUCUUGGGUAUUUUAAAAUAUUCGUUCUCACCUGCACAAUGCUCCAUCGCCAUGGAUUACCCCAUAGUUCUUCUAAACUCUUGGGUUCUUGGUCUUGUGACAGGCUGUAUUCGAGACCAGUCCAUCUACUCGACAAACCUCUUGGUCAAAAACUUCAUCAAGUUCGAAAGCCCGACUUGCACGAACUUGAAUGUGACUCCGCUUCUCAGAGUCUUUGCAUUCACAAAGCUGACCGACUCGGGCGAAAUCAGUGCCGUGCUCCAUGAUUCAAGCCAUAAAAUCCUUGUUCUUUUCACCAAGGAGUGUAUCGAGAGGUUUGAGUCUCGAUAUGGCCAGCGUAUAACGUAUCACACCGUGCACAGUCUAUUGUUGGUGAAACAGGCCAAUCUCCGAUUCCUUACGCUCUUCCAACUUCGGCUGAAAUUCGGAGUUGUAGGUGGGCUCCGGAUCAGCCCCAAAGUGGCACUUGUGUAUUUGGAAAUCUCCGAUGUGGACUUUUUCCAGCGAGACCAGAUCUGGGUCUCGCCCUUAGCAGAGAAGAUGCUUCACUAUGUUUAUGGCGAUGUUGAAUACGAGAAAAAAUACGGACAGCAAAACGUCAGUCCGCAAGGGAUUGCUGAUUUUGUUUUGGAAAACGACGACGGACUUAUUUCUGACGAAGAAAGUCUCCCUCUGCUAGUAAAGACUUGUUUCUAA